UCCCCGCCAUUUCUCCAUCCCCAAUCCUCUCCUCCUCCUCCUCCGCCUCCGCCUCAAUCCCUUCCUCCAUCCACCCGCCUCCGUUGUUCUCGCCGGCGGCGACGACAUGCACGGCGACUGGCCGGAGUCGCCGUCCCAGGAGGUGCUCUACGCCGACGAGAUCGCCGCCGUCCGCGCGGUUCUUGGCGCGGGCCUCCCCGAGGCCCGCGUCGUCGCCGCAAUCUCCCGCUGCGGAGGCAACGCCGAGCGCGCCAUCAACGCGCUCCUCGAUGACGCCACCGCCGGCGUCGAGGACAAACCCGAGCCCAAGAAGGGUAAAGGUGCCAAGACGGCUGCUCCUCCGGUGAAGGCGGAACGCGACGCUGGUGGCGCCGCCCCGAAGCCGCCGCCGCCUCCGGUGAAGGUUGAGGUCCUCGACGACGAGCCCCUGGGGAGCCAAGAAUCGAACGGCUGCUCCGCGAGGGUCAAGAAGGAGCGGGAGGACGAGCUGCUCGUCAAAGCGCCGCCUCCGAUGCCGGAUCGGGUCAAGGAGGAAGACGGCGUCGCGGCCAAGCGAGGCGCGGCGACGGCGAACGCCGCCGGCAUAAGCCUGGUGCCGAGGCCGAAGAAGAGGUCUCGCGUGCACGACGAGGCGGACACCAUCGACCUCACGGCGACCCACCCGGUGCCGUACCUGAACCCGAGGCCGAUCCGGGCGGUGCCGCCACCGGAGGCCAUGGAGAUGCUCGAGUCGCGGCGUGUGCGUGCCAGGCCGCCUCCGCCGUCGAGUGAUCUGAGGAUGGUGGUGGCGCCGCCUGAUGCCGAGUUCGGCGAGUUCCCCGAGGAGCGCGACUGGUUCCUCGUCGGCAGGUCGUACGUCACCGGCCUGUCCACCAACCGCGGGAGGCGGAGGCUGGACGCCGGCGAGCUCGUCCAUUUCUCGUUCCCCUCAUUGGAGAGGACCUAUGGUGGGAUCAAGGUGUCGAACAAGAAGGCGGCUGCUUUGGCGGAGAUCGUGCGCUUCUCCACCAAUCGAGCUGGAGAGAUUGGGAAGCUAUCUACAGAAUGGACCAAGUGCCUCGUGCCACUGGUAAGCUCAUCCAAGGUGAAGAUUCAGGGGAAGAUUGUGUUUCCCACGGUGGAAUUGAGAUUGAUGCAGGAGAUUUUGUUGUAUGUUAGCUUCUACAUCCACCGUUCUGUAUUCACCGCAAGCGGCAACAACUCAUCAUGGGACCUGCUUGCUCCUGCAAAUGUUGAUUAUUCCACUAACCCUCUUUACAGGCUGUUCAGAUUGCUCAAGCUAAGGGCAUUCACCAAGGCUGAUAUCACUCCUGAGGAGCUUGCUGCAGGAAAGAGACCGCGGAAUCUAAGGGGUGAUGACAAUGAUGAAGAUGAACCCAUGGCUAUAGUUGGAUUGGAAAACCGACGCACAGCUGGCCAAACAUUUCCUGAGCAAGGCACUGAUGAGCAAGCUAUUUCAGAGGCUGCAUUAAACAAAAUUGUUGGCACUGCUGAAACAUAUGACUUGGAGGAAGCAGAGCCCCCAAGCACUCUUGUCUCCGUUCUAAAACCAUACCAGAAGGAAGCUCUGUUCUGGAUGUCUCAAUUGGAGAAGGGUAUUGAUGGUGAUCAAGCCAAAAAAACCCUUCAUCCCUGUUGGAGUGCCUACAAAAUCGUCGACAAGAGAGCUCCUGCAGUGUAUGUCAAUGUUUUCACUGGCGAGGCAACAACCCAGUUUCAAAGUGUAACUCAGUCAGCAAGAGGAGGGAUACUAGCGGAUGCAAUGGGUCUUGGUAAAACUGUCAUGACUAUUGCUCUAAUACUAUCAAACCCAAGGGGGGAGUUAGAACAAGAUAAGAGGGGUACUAGAGAUCGUGACACCAAGGCACAAACUUCGAGAUCCUCUGUAAGAGGAGGCACACUUAUAAUCUGUCCAAUGGCAUUGCUAGGCCAGUGGAAGGAUGAAUUGGAGGCACAUUCAACACCAGGAGCUCUUUCUGUGUUUGUCUACUAUGGUGGCGACAGAACCACUGACCUGAGAUUCAUGGCUCAGCAUAGUGUUGUCUUGACAACCUAUGGUGUUCUUCAAUCAGCUCACAAGAAUGAUGGCAGCAGUAUCUUUCACAGGAUAGAUUGGUAUAGAGUUGUGCUCGAUGAAGCACAUACGAUCAAAUCUCCCAGAACCAAAGCAGCACGAGCAGCUUAUGAAUUAACUUCUCAUUGCAGAUGGUGCCUUACGGGUACACCAUUGCAGAAUAAUUUGGAGGACCUUUUCAGUCUUCUUUGCUUCCUACAUGUAGAACCAUGGGGUGACGCAAGUUGGUGGAAUAAGCUGAUUCAAAGACCUUAUGAGAAUGGUGAUGAGAGGGGAUUGAAACUUGUCAGAGCUAUUCUGAGGCCACUCAUGCUGAGGAGAACGAAGGAAACAAAAGACAAAAUGGGAAAUCCCAUACUAGUCCUCCCACCAGCUAAUAUUGAGAUUGUGGAGUGCGAACAAUCUGAAGAUGAACGCGAUUUCUAUGAAGCGCUUUUCAGGAGAUCAAAGGUUCAAUUUGAUAAAUUUGUAGCACAAGGCAGUGUUCUUAACAACUACGCUAAUAUUCUUGAGUUACUCCUUCGGCUAAGGCAGUGCUGCGACCACCCUUUUCUAGUGAUCAGUCGAGCUGAUACUCAGAAGUAUACUGACCUCGAUGAGCUAGCACAGAGGUUCCUUGAUGGGGUGCAACGUGAUUCCGCGAGACGCAGUGCGCCACCUUCACAGGCGUAUGUAGAAGAGGUUGUUGAAGAAAUCCGCCAGGGCGCAACUACUGAGUGUCCAAUCUGCCUUGAAUCAGCUUCUGAUGAUCCAGUGCUCACACCAUGCGCGCACCGGAUGUGCCGUGAGUGCCUGCUCUCUAGCUGGAGGACGCCUUCUGGAGGACCAUGCCCACUUUGCCGAAGCCCCAUUACCAAAUCUGAGCUGAUCACAUUGCCUAGUCAGUGUCGAUUCCAGGUUGACCCUGAGAAUAACUGGAAGGACUCAUGUAAGGUGAUAAAACUCAUCAAGAUCCUGGAGGGCCUUCAGGAGAAGAGGGAGAAGAGCAUUGUGUUCAGUCAGUUCACUUCCUUCUUCGAUCUUCUUGAGGUUCCCUUCAAUCAGAAAGGGAUCAAAUUCUUGAGGUUUGAUGGGAAGCUCAGCCAGAAACACAGAGAAAAGGUUCUGAAGGAGUUCAGUGAAAGCAAGGACAAGCUGGUGCUACUUAUGUCACUCAAGGCUGGAGGUGUUGGACUUAAUUUGACUGCUGCCUCCAAUGUGUUCCUAAUGGACCCAUGGUGGAAUCCUGCAGUGGAAGAACAAGCUAUCAUGCGAAUUCACCGUAUCGGGCAAAAGAGAGCGGUCCAAGUAAGGCGCUUCAUCGUCAAGGAUACGGUCGAGGAGCGGAUGCAGAAGGUGCAAGCGUGCAAGCAGAGGAUGAUCUCUGGGGCGCUGACCGACGAUGAAGUCCGCUCCGCUCGUAUCGAGCAACUGAAGAUGCUGUUUACAUGAGAAGUCUUGAUCAUGAGUUUGCAGGAUGUUGUACAGUUCAUAUUUUGUUCCCUGGAGACUUGCUAGCAUUUUAGGGGAAAUGAUCCAAUGUUUUAAGGGUUCGGACUUGUGAAUGGGGAUGGAAUGGGUGUGAAACUAUGUGCCCAUUCGAUUUUGUGGAUAUAUCUCCAUUCUGGUCUGAACAUUUUGUAUAUAGUGGCUCUUCUUAACAUGAAAGGCCUCUACCCUUUCUAAAUCGUGAUCUAUUGUGCUGAAAUGGCUGUUGGUGUUAACCAGGGAGUAAAAAAUCUCUACUGAGGCUUCCUUUCA